CCAUUUACAAAGUGCAGCGCUUCUCGCGCAUGCGCAGUCCGCAGUGUCUAGUCAUCUCCUGUACUGCGUCCGCAGUCUCUGGUCAUCUCCUGUACUGCGUCUCGCAGUCCUCUGGUCAUCUCCUGUACUGCGUCCGCAGUCUCUCCUGGUCAUCUCCUGUACUCCUGUACUGCGUCCGCAGUCUCUGGUCAUCCCCUGUACUGUCUGCAGUCUCUGGUCACCUCCUGUACUAUGUCCACAGUCUCUGGUCAUCUUCUGUACUAUUUUCUGCAGUCUCUGGUCAUUUCCUGUACUAUUUCUGCAGUCUCUGGUCAUCUCCUGUACUAUGUCCGCAGUCUCUGGUCAUCUCCUGUACUAUGUCCGCAGUCUCUGGUCAUCUCCUGUACUAUGUCCGCAGUCUCUGGUCAUCUCCUGUACUGUGUCCGCAGUCUCUGGUCCUUCUACUGUACUGUGUCCGCAGUCUUUGGUCAUCUCUAGUACGGUCUGCAGUCUCUGGUCAUCUCCUGUACUGUGUCCGCAGUGUCUGGUCACUUCCUGUACUAUGUCUGCAGUUCAUUGGU